ACUACAACAACUACAACAACAACCCCAACAACAACUCUAACAACUACUACUACAACAACAACCCCAACAACAACAACAACAACCACGACUACAACAACAGCAGCAACAACAGUUGCACAAGGUCGUCCCCUGCCAACGUUUGAGAUGAGUGUUGGUCUCAAGUAUGCUUAUGUUCAAGAGCUUAGUGAUCCUAACAGUAAGGAAUUCCACAUAUUGGCGGUUAUGGUGAUUGAAGUGUUAGAUGUAAUCUAUAGAACAAAAUAUGGCUAUUUGUUCAUCCGGACCAUUGUCAUAUCCUUCAAAGGUCAGACCAAACGUGCAGGUGAAAAUACCACCGCAGAGGUCCAGCUGGUUUUUAACGAAAACUCCACAACACCUAUUCCACCUGGUGAAGAAAUCGUGAAUGUACUGAGAAAUGUUGCAGAAAAUAAUAAUACUUUCGUUGUGCAAUUUGAUACCAACACAAUCACUCUCAUCAAUGAGCCAUACAUUGUCCCAGUUCUAUUCAGAACAAAUGGCACUUAUGUAAAAGCUUUCUCAAAUUCCGGUUCAGACUUAUUCACAAACAGAACAAUUAUGAUUAAAACAGGACUAAACCCUUAUUUUGUUGCUGACUUCACUUAUUCAUUUACCCUCUUAACCAUGUCAAACUUCAGCAAUGGAGGUCCUAGAGAAAAUGUUGACACAAUUCUGAACUACAUGGAGUUGAAUUUUGCCAGAUCAGGUGGAAUUCCCAACAACACCCACAUUUGGCAAACUAUGCUUAGAGCAGCCCAAAAUGUCAGCCUUCCCUUCAAGAUCUACACCAAUGACAUCAUAGUGAAUGGCACAUUAAUGUCAUCGAGCGGUGUCAGCAGUAAGAUCAGUGUGUUCAUGGCGUGCUUCAUGGUGGCUGUGUCACUUUCGUUCACAUGGACCAGCUGAAGCUAAACCACUCCUCCACUUAGAAAGAGAACCUUUGACAGGUUUGGACUCCAGUUUCUUAGACGUACCAUGCAAUCUCCUUAGCGUUAUUUUUAUUUACAUUGUAAUCCACAAUAAUUAUUGGACUAACCAUGUGAGCAUGAUAAAGUAUGACUAGUAGCUUCAUAGCUUUAUAUUAUGAAAUUCUGAUAUAAGGGGUGAUGGGCAUUGAAUAAAUUAUUCUUUGUAUAUGAAUAAAUCCUUAAGGUGAACAAGAAGGAAUGUCUUUGUCACAUAAAAACACACAAAGCUAAAGUGGCAGCAGCACUGUGGUGUGCAUUAUCUGUAUUAUUUUCUUUAUUAUUUUAGAUCUAGGUUAGCAAGUAUUUUGCCUUAUGUCACUGUCUGAAAUAUAAGUGUUAUGGGUUUUGUGCACAUUUUUUUUUGGAUUUGAGUCUGUUUUAAACCCAAAUAAUGAUUACAUUAUGUUUUAGUCUAAAAUAUGCUGAGGUUUAAAAGAAAACACAAAUGAAACUACUGCAUGUAAACAAUAUGCCUACAAAGUGGUUUGACUGGAAUAAAUACCUGUCUUUCAUUGUUUACUUUGGCAUGAUUUAACUUUUUGUGACAAAGACAACAGUGUUUUCUCAUGUUCUGUAAUUUAACACACCAAGUAAUGUACUAGAGGAUUAUCAUUUAUAUUUGACUUAUCAAAACUUGAGCACUUUACAAAAAAAUAUUUUUGUUUUCAUUUAAAUUUCUUUUAUUUGAAUUAUUUUCAUGUAUUCAGCAUAAUGUAUUUAUUAACUGCAGUGGGUUUCCAUGUGCUUGGUCUAUGUAUUUAUUAAGAUAUUGUAAUAUUUUAAACUAUGUAUAUGCUAUAAUGUAGCUGCAUUGAUUGUAGCACUUCGUAUUUAUUAAUGCACA